GAUCUUUUAAUACCCUUUUCCGGACAGGGACAGUGUAUGGCAACUUUCAUCAAUCAGAUCGGGCCCCUCAUAUCGAUUUCUCAACGAAUCUAUCUCAUCAUUAAGGAAUAUGGAAUCCGAUGACAAUUCGCCAUCAUAUAUUUCUUGAAGGUAUUAUUGGGUAGCAUUAUAUCGCUCUAGUUUGGAAAUUAUUGUCUCAUCUGAUGGAAAUUGGAGAUGGAAAUGGUUGCUGUAGCAGGCGAUUGGAGAAGGAGUCUACUACUAACCUUGGAGACUUGCUGCUGUUACAAAUGAAUGGUCCCCGGAAUUCCUUUACUGGUUUAACCUUAAACGAUGUCCUAGGGCGCCCACCGCCCCUUCUCGAUGUCAUCCGUGAAGACGACCCAAACAAGAAGAAUAAGAAGAAUUGGAGUUGGAAAUCCUUUACUGAAAAACCAAGGUCAAGCAAGAUCAAUGAGGAGUUAAAUCCUCCAUUACCCAGCAACCAAUUAGCAAAGCCAGAAGUGGGUAAGUCGCUGAUGGAGCUCAUGGAAGGGGAAGAGGAUGAAGAAGAGAAUGGACAGAGGUUGCCGGAAGUGGGUAUGCCUCUAAUGGUGCUGCUUGCGGAUACACAACCGGAAAUGGAAUUGGAAGGUCUGAUACAAGACGAAGAAGAAGAAGAAGAAGAAGAAGAAAUGGAAGAAGUGGAAUUGAACAAAUGGUGUUGUGUAUGUAUGGUAAGGCAGAAAGGUGCAGCUUUUAUACCUUGUGGACAUGCAUUCUGCAGAUUGUGCUCUAGAGAACUUUGGGUGAAAAGGGGUACAUGCCCUCUAUGCAAUGUUUUCAUUCUUGAAAUUCUUCAUAUCUUUUGAUCAUCUUGUAUUAUGUUUUCAUAAAAAAAAAAAUGUUGUGUUUGACUUUUGUUUUGCAACCUGUCUUUAAUUUUGGUUUAUUCCAAGUUGCUGCCCAAUAAAAAAGUGCUUGAAAGGUUGAUUUCAUAGAAUGAA